GUUUAAACCAACUAAAUGUUAGAUUCUUUUAUUUUAUCUCUAAGUAAUGGGACCUCUCUUCCUCUUCACCUUCCCUUCUUUUCCCCUCUUCUCCUUUAGUUCUCUCCCUUUUUAAAAAAGAAAAAAGAAAAAAGAAAAACACAACACCCACUUGAAAUAUCAAACAAAUUCCUGAUUUGAUUAUUUUGUAUUUUUUUUAGAUAUAUGGAUGAUGAAAUAAUGUAUGGUUUUAAUUCCACAAGAGAUGAUUAUGCCGAUAAAGCUUUGAUGUCACCGGAGAAUUUGAUGAUGCAAACUGAGUACAACAAUUUCCACAACUAUACCAACUCCUCCAUCAUGUUUGGAUCCGAUCCUAUUCAAUUAUCAUCGGAACAAACGCUUCAAAAUAAUAUUUAUCGUGGAAAUUGUUGUGGAGGCAGUGGAAGUGGUGGUGAUAACAAUAAUAAUAAUGAUGAAGAUGGUUCAAAUAUUAUCAAGGCUAAAAUCCUCUCACAUCCUUAUUAUCCUAAAUUACUCAACGCUUAUAUUGAUUGCCAAAAGGUUGGAGCACCAGCGGGUAUAGUAAAUCUGCUAGAAGAGAUAAGGCAACAAAAUGAUUUUCGUAAACCAAACGCUACUUGUUUAUGUAUAGGAGCUGAUCCUGAACUUGAUGAGUUUAUGGAAACGUAUUGUGAUAUAUUGUUGAAGUAUAAGUCCGAUCUGUCUAGGCCUUUUGAUGAAGCAACAACCUUCCUCAACAAGAUUGAAAUGCAAUUAGAUGAUGAUGAGGAGGAGGAGGAAGAGUUAAGUUGUGGUGAUGCAUCAUCAUCAAUGAGAAGAAGUGAGGAUAAUGAACUGAAAGAUAGGCUGUUACGUAAGUUUGGAAGUCAUUUAAGUAGUCUCAAGUUGGAAUUUUCAAAGAAAAAGAAGAAAGGGAAGCUACCAAAAGAGGCAAGGCAAAUGUUACUUGCAUGGUGGGAUGAUCACUUUAGAUGGCCUUAUCCUACGGAGGCUGAUAAGAAUUCACUAGCAGAAUCAACAGGACUUGAUCCAAAGCAGAUCAACAAUUGGUUUAUAAAUCAAAGGAAGAGACAUUGGAAACCAUCUGAGAAUAUGCAAUUAGCUGUUAUGGAUAAUCUAAGUGCUCAAUUCUUCUCAUCAGAUGUUGAUUGAGUUUCGAAUACUGCUCUCAUCAUUUCUCUUUUUAUUAUAUAAAUUGUAUAUUUUUCAAUUCUUCUCGAUCUAGCUAACUAUCAAAAUUAAUGAUAAAUAAAUAAUAGUGACAGUUGCUUAA